AUGAUGGUGGAACCUGACUCAACGCCAAGAAUACCGAGGAAACAACUGAAAAGAAACACAGUUGUCUCCUGGCUCGUCUUCUAUUCUGAUCUUGCGUUUGCUAUUGUAGCCUUCGGGCUGAUGCUCUGUUACUUCUCAAAUGAUUUCCCGACCAGUGUGACUUUAUCCCAAGGAGUAUCAAUAAUUGGGAAAUCUUAUGUGGUAUAUCGGCAGUAUCAUAUCAUACAACAAGGCUUGGAAGGUACUCAGGAGACAUAUCGUCAAGCAGGUAUUGCCAGUGUAAAAUCAUACGCACUUCGCACAUUCAUUCUACUCUGGGAUUUAUAUUUGGAAGUGGCAAAGUUUUUUAUGCACCUCUAUGAUUGGGAUUUUCUGUCUCUCGCAAUAAUUGGAAUAUAUGUCUCCUAUCAUGUUUAUGUCUCAGCUGAAAUUAUGCACACUAAGGAGAGAUUCUUAAUCGAUGAAACUGAGGUAGAGGAGGAGAGAUUGGAUAGUAUGGGAGUGACUCUUUCUGCGGAGUAA